UUGUGUACAUUCACCGGUAUCCACUGUUGUUGCCUACCUCUGUGGGCUGAACAACACAGUAUACAGCCUUAGACACACAUUUAUAUCCAAUUAUAUUUAACAAAAAAAAUACUAAGAAGAUGAAAGUGGUGGCGUUAAUAAGUGGGGGCAAAGACAGCUGCUACAACAUGAUGCAGUGUGUGGCUGCUGGACAUCAGGUAGUAGCUCUGGCCAACCUGCGUCCUGCUAACACAGAUGAGCUGGACAGCUACAUGUACCAGACGGUGGGUCACCAGGUCAUAGAGCUGUACGCUGAAGCCAUGGACCUGCCUCUGUACAGACGCACCAUCCAGGGCUCCAGCGUGGACACCAGCAGAGACUACAGAGUGACGGAGGGCGACGAGGUGGAGGAUCUGUACCAGCUUCUGCAUAUGGUGAAGGAAAAGGAGGCUGUCGAGGCAGUGUCUGUAGGGGCCAUUCUCUCCGACUACCAGAGGGUCCGCGUGGAAAAUGUAUGUUUGCGGCUAGGUUUGCAGCCCCUGGCCUACCUGUGGCGCCGAGACCAAGAGUCCCUUCUCUCUGAGAUGAUAUCAUCUGACCUUCAUGCUAUCCUCAUCAAAGUUGCCGCCUUUGGACUGGAUCCAGAGAAGCACUUAGGAAAACCUCUGGCUGACAUGGAGCCCUAUCUGAAACAGCUGUCUCAGAAGUAUGGCGUCCAUAUUUGCGGAGAAGGAGGUGAAUAUGAAACUCUGACCCUUGAUUGCCCUCUCUUCAAGAAGAAGAUUGUAAUUGAUGCAGCAGAGACAGUGAUCCACUCAGCAGAUGCCUUUGCUCCAGUUGGCUACCUGCGCUUCACCCAGAUGCACACCGAGAACAAACACGACGAUGUGGUGGCGAGAGCUUUGCCCCAUGGUAGUUGUCCUUGCCAGAGCGCCAUUGACAAGAUGACUGAGGAGGUGGAAUAUGCUGAUCAAGCUGAAGACAACCAGCAAGAAUUUACAUCAAAUUGUGACCUUAGUUGUCAGUGGGGCCAUGAUCUUCUUCCAUCCUGUUCACAGAGGAGCUCUACAGGCUAUCAGUGGAUCUCUGGCAUCAACGGCCUUCAGAGUCAAGACCCUGGGAUCCAGAACCAGACCUCAGCAGCUUUCAUACAACUGCAAAGUGAGUUAGACAGCAGAGGUUGGAAGAUGAAGGACAUCAUUCUGGUUCACCUGUAUGUGAAGAACAUGGAUGACUUUGGUCUGCUCAACACCGUCUAUAAGAAACACUUUGGCAUAAAUCCUCCAGCCAGGGUCUGCGUCCAGGCUCCUCUACCUGCCGGUCAGCUGAUGCAGAUGGACUGCCUCCUACAUGACUGGACGGCGCCUCAGGGGGACGGCUGCUUUCACCAGAGAGAGGCCCUGCAUGUCCAGAGCCUAUCCCAUUGGGCCCCUGCCAACAUCGGACCCUACAGCCAGGCCCUCAGGGUAGAUGAAUCUGUUUUCUGCGCGGGUCAAAUCGCUCUGGUCCCUUGUACAAUGCAACUGGUGAAGGCCGGCACCAGGAUCCAGUCCCAGUUAACUUUCAGUCACGUGAAAAAAGUUCUGGAGGCCGUGAUCAGCAGCCUGACUUUGUCCCACGUUAUCCAGGCCCACUGCUACGCCACGAAACGCCAAGACAUCCCCGUCAUUAGGGCCACGUGGGAAGGUCUGCUGAGGGCCGCAGAAGAAGAAGAAGAAAAGGACAUACAGUGGGAGACUGAGAUUAAACCUCAUCCGUUAUUGGUCGUCGUGGUACCUGUUUUACCCAGAGGAGCAGCCGUCGAGCUCCACGUCACCGCCGUCCGGGAUGACCCCAGCGACAGAACUUCCUGUCACGUGACUACGAAGUUGACACGUGCUUCCAUAGAGUGCUCCGCUGUAAUUUCUGCUGACAGACGGAGCGCUUCCAUUUCACUGGCUGUAACCGGCACCGGCCUCGAGGUCACAGAUGUGAAGGAUGUCACAGAAGGUGUUGUUGUAACGUUCAGAAAUGCCAUAAAGAAGAUGGAUCCUGAGCUGGUGCCGCUGUGUGCCAGAGUGUUCUACAAGUGUGAGCACGAAAUGGCAAAGCAAGUCGUUAAAGGACUUGAGGAAAGUAUGACAAGCUCUUUAGGAGAGUCCGGUCCAUCCGUGGCCUUGGUUCCAGUUCUGGACUUGCCCGACUCCCAGAUCCUCCACCUGUCCUGCUGGCUCAGUUUAUAGAGCUACAGCCAGAAUCAACAACCGGACUCAGGCCAUCGACAGCUCUGGAAUGCAGCGAGGCUUUUCUGGAAGAAUAACUGUGACAGCCCAACACCUAAUCACUUCCAAGAGGACAAGAGUAGAUGUGUAAACUGAAUUAAGGCCUGUUAAUACUGACUGUUUAGCGCUGCUUUUUGUUGAAAUGUAAAGUUCUGUUUGUAUGUAAGUGGAUUUGAUGAUAUGUUUUAUAAGGGCUGUUGACAGAUCUAUUGUUUUUUUUAUUUUCUGUAUUAGUAUUUUUCUAUUUGAUUGAAUAGAUUCAUUAAAAAAUGCAAUACUUUGACUUUAAUCCAGUGAUCAUGCUCUGUCUGUAGCCACUACCCUGCACUUUACUGAAAUGAGAUGACAAAAGAACAUUAUAACGCUUUGAGUAGAAUGAGAGAACUGACUUUAGGAGACCGUCAUGUAACAUUUGAACAUGAU